UUCUAGAGCCUUCCUCUCUCUUCAAAUGCCAUAGCCCCUCCCCCUCCUCCUGCAACACCCAAGCAGCUCAUACCCUCUGCUCCGCCACUCGAUCCUUCCCAUCUCGUCUCGUCUCGUCUCGUCCUCCUCCUUCUGCUACCACCAUGUACCGCUUCGCUUCGAGCGUUGCUUCCAAAGCCAGGAUCGCAAGGAACAGUGCUCACCAGAUUGGUAGCAGAGCAAGCUGGACAAGGAAUUAUGCUGCCAAAGAUAUCAAAUUUGGGGUCGAGGCACGUUCCUUGAUGCUUAAGGGCGUGGAAGACCUCGCAGAUGCUGUGAAGGUCACUAUGGGCCCGAAGGGUCGUAAUGUGGUGAUUGAGCAAAGCUUUGGUGCACCCAAGGUGACAAAGGAUGGUGUUACUGUGGCAAAGAGUGUUGAGUUCAAGGAUAGAAUUAAAAAUGUUGGUGCUAGUCUUGUAAAGCAGGUUGCAAAUGCAACCAAUGAUGUCGCUGGAGAUGGCACCACAUGUGCUACAAUCCUCACACGAGCAAUAUUCGCCGAGGGAUGCAAGUCAGUUGCAGCUGGGAUGAAUGCAAUGGACUUAAGACGUGGCAUCACAAUGGCAGUUGAUGCAGUUGUAACAAAUUUAAAAAGCAGGGCACGGAUGAUCAGCACAUCAGAGGAGAUUGCACAGGUUGGAACGAUAUCGGCUAAUGGUGAGCGGGAAAUAGGUGAAUUGAUCGCAAAGGCCAUGGAAAAGGUGGGCAAGGAGGGUGUUAUCACAAUCUCGGAUGGGAAGACAUUAUACAAUGAACUAGAGGUUGUUGAGGGGAUGAAGCUGGAUAGAGGUUACAUUUCCCCUUAUUUCAUCACCAAUCAGAAGAACCAGAAAUGCGAGUUAGAAGAUCCCCUCAUACUCAUCCAUGAGAAGAAAAUUUCAAGUAUAAAUGCGGUUGUAAAAGUUUUAGAGUUGGCACUAAAGAGACAGAAACCAUUACUCAUUGUUUCUGAGGAUGUUGAAAGUGAUGCCCUGGCAACUCUUAUCCUAAAUAAGCUUCGAGCUGGAAUCAAGGUUUGUGCUAUUAAGGCCCCUGGUUUUGGAGAGAACAGGAAAGCAGGUCUACAGGAUCUUGCCAGUCUUACUGGUGGUGAAGUAAUAACUGAAGAGCUUGGGAUGAACCUAGAGAAGGUAGAUCUGGAGAUGCUUGGAUCUUGCAAAAAGGUCACGGUGUCUAAAGAUGACACAAUUAUCCUUGAUGGUGCUGGUGACAAGAAGUCCAUAGAGGAGAGAUGUGAACUGAUUAGGUCCGCAAUUGAGUUGAGCACUUCAGACUAUGAUAAAGAGAAAUUGCAAGAGAGAUUGGCGAAACUAUCUGGUGGUGUGGCCGUCUUGAAGAUUGGAGGAGCUAGUGAAGCAGAAGUAGGUGAGAAGAAGGAUAGAGUUACAGAUGCCUUGAAUGCCACAAAGGCAGCUGUAGAAGAGGGUAUAGUACCAGGUGGAGGUGUUGCUCUUCUUUAUGCAUCAAAAGAGUUGGACAAAUUGCAAACUGCCAACUUUGACCAGAAGAUUGGUGUCCAGAUUAUUCAGAAUGCAUUGAAGACACCUGUGCAUGCCAUUGCUUCCAAUGCUGGAGUCGAGGGAGCUGUUGUUGUAGGGAAGCUCUUGGAGCAGGAUAACCCUGACCUAGGAUAUGAUGCAGCAAAAGGUGACUAUGUUGAUAUGGUGAAAUCUGGAAUUAUCGAUCCACUGAAAGUUAUCAGGACUGCUUUGGUUGAUGCUGCCAGUGUGUCAUCCUUGUUGACGACGACUGAAGCAGUUGUGGUCGAACUCCCUAAGGACGAAAAGGAGGGUGCGGCAAUGCCUCCUGGCAUGGGCGGCAUGGACUAUUAGACUUCCGAAUGAUGGUGCAUGCCAGUUGAACUCACCAAUCAUUGUAAGGAAAGCGUUUUGGUUAGGACGAUGGGUUUAAGCCCAUCUUGUAUGAGUUGAUUUUUUCACAAAUGCCAAUCCUGGUCAGAGAUAAGUCGAAAUUUAGGUAGGAAGAGAUUGAUUGUUCUUGUGAGGGAGAAAAUUGUAAUCGAACCUUUCACACCCAAGGAUUUUCUUCUUCUCUCCUAUUUUGGUUUA